UAUCGAGGGAAGAGUAAGAGGAGGGGAGGGUCGUUUCGCUUUUUGACCCUUGCAGCAUAACAUGGCGAAGAGUCUAAAAUUCGUUCAUGUAAGUUCUUUGAUACUUUCAUAAUGGGCCCCGAUUUUGUUAUUUUUGCUUUUGUCUAUGAAUACAAUAUGAACAAUACCGAACCAUGGUUACUGCGAUUCGUGGCAAAAAUGUUUGAUCGUGCGAAACGUGCACCAGCUUUCCAUUGGUCUUAAAUGUGCCAUGAAUAAUUUGACGAAGGUUGCAGAAACUCAGUCCCCAAGAUUAGUAUGUCGAUGAGGGAAUCAAACCUAAUGCCAAUGUGAGUACAGGUAAUUGUCAUUUGAGGCCUUAUUAGGGAUACGGGGUAUUUAGGCGAAAAUUUAACGAUAUACAGCGGGAAAUUGGGGGAAAAAAAGUAAUGGUAUGGGAUCAAUUACAAACAUUCCAGGAUAUUGAUUGGGAAAAUUGUUAAAUUUUAAAUUAGAGAGAAACGGCAGAUCCUCCACCCCGUAUUUAGGCCUCGUUAUUAUAUUAUUAAAGCCGAGGUGCGUUUUCGUGUCGCGAGUGGAAGGCAAGAGUCUAUCGCACUGCGGAUAUAAAUGUAUAAUAAUGAAAUAAAUACUUCAUGAUUACGGCAUUACCCCGUCAAAUCGAUUUCCGUUCUGGAAGCUUGUCAGUUUCCAAGAAAUAUUUUUCACUGCACUGGCGGUUUUCAACCUUGAAAGUAGUAUUAAUUUACUGUUAGAGAAUUGCGUAGGCAUGUGAAAACACUUAAAUUAUGGAACAACUGGAAAGUGGACGGAGCCAUAUGAUUGUAGAUGAUUUGAAGACUUCAGCGAACUGAAAGAAUUUGUCUUCACCUACAUUAAAAAGGCAAGAAAAUGUUGAACAACAAAAUGUGAAUACUGUAAUUAUUCGGAAUGUAAAAUGUGAUUUUGUAAUGUGCCUCUGAAGUAAAAUUUUUCUCACUGAAUUGAAUGUAUCCAGGUAACCAUUUUUAAUGCUUAUCUUACCAGUCAAUUAUUAUUGAUCACAGUAAGCCAUCACAAUAGCUUCAAAAUAUCUCGUGCGAUCAAUGAAUAUUUUUAUUUGUUUUCCAUUAGCAAGUGGGGACAUGGAAAUCACUCUAAAUCUCUGCCUACGCGUUUUUUUCGUUUUUUUUUUCAUUUCUAUUACUUUUUAAAUUUAUUUCCAGUCAGUCUAGUUGUAGUGGCAACUGAACAUGUCAAAAGGCAAGCUGACAUCAUGUCAGACGUUUGCCAAGUGCGAGGAAGUGCAUUGACAAGUUUAUGACAAAGUUUCUUGUCAGCAAAGGAACAGACGAAUAAAAAUAAAGUAAAUAACAAAAAAAUAAAAUCUCUCGUGUUAAUUUGUUAAACAAACCAAUCUGUGACGUCUACAGAGCAUCGUAAAAACAGCUGCGGGAUAACUCGGCAGGUUGCUCCUUAUCUGUUAUUACAAGACCAUAACAACACGCCAUGGUUAACUAGAAUUUGACAGUGACUGUUUUCCCCUCGUUCAUUUCCAUUCGGCAUGUCAUGAUCGCUGAAUUAAAAUCAAUAAAUGGAUUACCGGUGUGGGAGGUGUGUUGCUAAGAUCAGAUAAAGCAAGUUAAGAAUUAUGGGGGAGGAUUAGAGGAGGCGGGAAGUCGUUGGAGGGCGACGGGGUGGGAUAGGGACGAGGAUCUUGCAAGCCAAAUGUAGAACGAGAAUUGGGUCGGUAGACUCAAUGGCGGUUUAAGUCAUUGCUAAAGUAAAGCUUCCCUUUUACUGUACAUGUGGAUACGAUAUAUUUAAAAAUUGAAGUCUUCAGAGAUUUGGUCGCAAUUGUGGUUUUAAGAUGCAAUAAUAACAUCCCUGAAAACUUUAUUAGAUAAGACUUUAUACUUAAUCUAUUAGUAUUAAUACCGGCCGAAAAGGACAACGAUAUUCUUCAGUGCAAUAAGCAGGGAAAAGCAACAUCUUUGUAAUAAAUUGACUUUGAAAAGAAAAAAAAAAGUGGACUUUGAUUGAUGGAUUGAAGAGACAAAUAACAAAUGUAGACAAACAGGUAGACGUCCUAGGUUUGGCGGUUCAAUCUCCAAUCUUCUUUUAGUUGCAAGCACUGAUUGCUACAAAGGCUCACUGUAUUUUCCGGUACAAAGUGACGCGAAUGUUCUCCAACUACAUAUUUUGAUGAACGGCGUUCAAGGUGCAACGGUCGAAAGCAAGACAGUGCCAGCGUGUAUGAUGUUUCAUUCAAUGGCAUAAUUUCGAUGUCUUUGUGCAAACUAAAUUUCGGAAUAUGAUUAAAAACUGACGAGCUUCCGCUUGCUUAUUUUUCAGUGAGGCUCUCAAAUUAUCAUAUGCCAAAGCCACAACAGAUGAUUUGGCAGAAGCGAGCGUCUUUAUCAAACAUCGAUAUUUUAACAAAAAGAUAAACAGGCACCUCUCAUGUUGCCUUGCCUUCAGUUUUCUCGUAGCGCGUAAAGCUUUUCUGGCGACACAGUUUUUCGAGGUCACAUGUGAAACUUUUUCAGUGAUUAUUUUGAUUUCAGGCCUCCGAAAAAUGCUCGCGAUUCGUCUGCAAUUUGGGCAGUAUUACAACUGGCUCGUGAUUGACAUCGAUGAAACGGUACAGAUCAUAUUUCGGUCUUUUCUUCUUAUACGCUGAACAAUACCAGGACGUUCUCUCCUGCCUGACCUUAGCGAUCGACAUGAAGUCGUUGAAAGAAAGCGCUGAAAGGGCGAUCCAUCUGCUUCUACCGCGAGUGGUAGAUGUGGUGGUAUUUGUCUUGAGCCCUGUCUCAGAUGAUCUAGAAGCUCUUAGAAAGUCUGGCAGUAGUACACCUGUUACGAUACCAGCAAGUGGACUUGCCAGGUUUGUCAUGACAGGUCAUUAGACAGUAGGAGUCUUUAAGUGUCUUUAUUAUAUGGCUAGCCCCGUGAGGAGGCCAGGUGAACCAAAUCGUGUGCUGUGAUUGGCUAUCUGAGCAAUUGGCUAUCUUCUGCAUGCCCGCUCUCAAAAUUUCCCCAAAGCCAUAUAUUAGAUUAAAUCGUUUAUUGGCCAAGCUUGUUCGAUCAAGAUGGUUGGAUAGUAGCCUCUUUCUUUUUAUGCGUGUUUCUGGACCUGGACUCUGUCUUGAUCCAUAAACAUGCCAGAAAAAGAAGAACUUGACCAAUAUCCAUUCAAGCUUGGUCAACAACCCAUAUAUAUUUUCCUUCUAUCAGUCUGUACAGACUGAUAGAAGAUUAUAUCUUGUAAUUUUUUAAUUUCAAUUUUCUUUCAUUUAAAGUUAUUUUUCUUGGUAAAUUAGCAUAAUCUUGCUAGAGGCCUAAUCAGCCUCAUCAACCCGAGUUGAAAUAAAGUUAUUUAUCUAUAUAGCAUAAUUUUGAUUGGCAUCUUAGUCAAUGCCAACAUAAAUCCUUUAAAGAGACAUAUUAAAUAGCAUAUGGCACAAAUCAAACGCCACUUUAGGCCUGUAACAUUUUGAAUCUAUCCAGCCAUGUUGACCUCAUGCUUGGUUAAUAAUCAAUCAAUAUAUAUUGCCUAAAGCAUUUUUAUGGUUUUGGUAUUAAUUCCACAAGUUUCUCUUUUUUUCAAUUCUUAAUAUACUUUUCCCACUUAAGGCUUUGAAAAUUUAAGUUGGCUCUGAACCCUAUUGUACCAAAUUGUUUUAAACUUUGCCAAAA